CGAUGGCGGAGAAGCGCGUGGAUCCCGAGGACGGCACUGCGUACACGUGGGACGAACUCAGUCAGUUCUACAAGGGGAAGUACAAGAAGAAGGAGAUCGAGGCCUAUUGGGAGGAGUGCAAGCCGGCGAAGAGGGCGAAGUCGAAGUCCAAGGGCAAGGGCGAGGCCGAGCCGAAGGCCAAGGCCAAGGCCAAGACCAAGGCGAAGGCGGGGGCUGCCGAGCCGAAGGCGAAAGCGAAGGCGAAGGCCAAGGCGGAGCCGAAGGCAAAGGUCAAGGCCAAGGCGAAGGCCAAGCCCAAGGAGACUAAGCCGUCCGGGAACUACAAGGUCUGCGUGUGCGGCGGCUGCGGCGGGAUCGGGCAGCCGCUGGCCCUGCUGAUGGCGAUGGACAAGAACGUGAAGGAGCUCGUCAUUUACGACCUGGACAUCUCCCCGAUGCCGCCGGCCGGCGUGGCGCAGGAUCUGAUCCACCUUGAGAGGAAGUGCUCGGUGAAGGGGUACGUCGGGAAGGUUGGCGAGCCCCCAGUCAAGUUCAUGGAGGAGGCCCUCACCGGGUGCAACCUGGUGCUCAUCCCCGCAGGUCUGCCGCGCAAGCCGGGACAGACCCGCGACGACCUCUUCAAGGUGAACGCGGACAUCGCGAAGGGCCUGGUCGAGGCCUGCGCCAAGUACUGCCCGGAGGCCAUCCUGGCGAUGAUCGUCAACCCCGUCAACUCUAUCGUGCCCGCCAUGGCGGAGCUCUACAAGAAGAAGGGCCUGGACCCCAUGAAGAUCAUCGGCG